UCUCGGAGAGCUAAGACACAGCCAGUUUCUCCUACAGACUACAGAGACCAUGGGAUUUCUUUACGCACUGCUGCUGUUAGUGGUGGCUGCUUUCAUUGGAGCUGUGAUACUGGUGGUUGUGGGGAGCAUUUAUUUUGACGCCACCAAUUCAGAGAUUCCUCCAGGAGUGGAGCAGCCAGCAAAGUUACGAAUCAUUCAUGCUUUUCUGAUAGGCUCGGCAGUCGUGGGAAGGAUUUUGGAGAAUCUGCAUAUCUGUAGUCAACUCCAGUUCAUCCGGUAUUUGAGAAGCGGACCAAAGCUAGGCAAAGACACUAAACUUUUCAUUAAAGAUACGAAGUUUAAACAUGUACCUGUCCGAAUUUACCAGCCGAAAGCUCCCUCUGCUGGCCGAAGGAAAGGCGUCGUUUUCUUUCACGGGGGCGGAUGGAUGUUUGGAAGCAUCAGAUCCUAUGACAAGAUGUGUCGUUAUAUCUCCAAAGAAAGUGAAGCGGUGGUUGUGUCUGUGGAGUACCGCCUAGCUCCGGAAUACAAAUAUCCAGCUCAGCUUAAUGAUUGCCUCGCUGCCACCACCCACUUUCUUCAGAAUGCCAAUGACUACGGUGUGGACGAAACUCACAUCAUCGUUGCAGGCGACAGUGCUGGGGGCAGCCUUGCCGCUGGGGUGUGCCAAACCUUAGUGGGUAGACGAGGCCUCGCAAAAGUGUAUGCUCAGAUCCUCAUUUAUCCCGGUCUCCAAGCCAUAGACUUCAACUUGCCUUCAUACCAGCAAAACCAGGCUGUGCCUGUUUUGUACCGGGAAAAAGCUGCGUUCUAUUUUUUGCACUACCUGAAUGGAGAAGCGUCCCUACUGGAAGAGGUCUUGCAAGGGUCCCAUGUACCUGUGGACCAAAAGCUGCACUACAGGAAGUGGCUAAGUGCCGACAACAUCCCUAAAGAAUUCAAGGCCAGAGGUUACAAGCCUUCGGUGCCCGUUUCCUGUGCAGAGGAAGUGUAUGGAGAGGUUAAGUGCGUGUGCGGGCCAGAAAUUUCACCACUGCUUGCUGAAGACACCGUAGUUCGGCAGCUCCCCCAGACGUACAUUUUGACCUGCGAAUAUGACGUCUUGAGGGAUGACGGGUUGCUCUACAAGAAAAGAUUAGAGGACAACGGUGUCCCAGUGACUUGGUACCACGUUAUUAACGGAUUCCAUGGCAUUAUAAACUUCUUCGACAAAGGCUGGCUUACUUUUCCAUCUGGAAAAAAAGGACUGGAUAAUAUCGUAAGGUUUAUUCAAAGUUUAUAGAAAGAAUCUCGCGGAACUUCAAGCCUGGGAUUUUUUGCUGAUCUGGAUUCUCAAAGGGACUAACGGAGGGUUUUAGUUAAUGUUUGGGAUGAAGGAAUAACUAAGGUGCUUCUGGGGAUGAUUUUGGUGGGUAAGAGAGUAUCCGCGAUGAAUACGUCAGUAUCACAACAAACCAAGGAGCCUUUUACAGACAUUUUUAUUUGUUAUGAUGAUGAGAAACAUGUUUAUCCCACUUUCCUUCUCGAAGUCCUGAAAUCGGCUUACAAAAAAUGUGUUUGUGUGUGCUAUGUGCCAUCAAAUCACUUCCGACUUAUGGAGACCCUAUGAAUUAACAACCUCCAAAGUGUCCUCUCAUCGACAGUCUAGCUUAAGUGUUGAAAAUUGUAGGCCGUAGCUUCCUUUAUGGACUCAAUCCACCUCAUGUUGGGUCUUCCUUUUUCCUACUACCUUGAACUUUUCCUAGCAUUAUUGUCUUUUCCAGUGAGUCUUGUCUUCUCAUGAUGGGACCAAAACUUAAUGUCCAUGAAAUGUUUCUGCUGCCAAUGAAUGCUCAGAAAGUCUACAGUCUAUACUCAAAGGGUCUUUAUGUGUUUCUUUCUUCUGUGCCAGCAGUUGUUUGACUGCCUUCAGGGAGGCUCCCACAGGCAGCUUCCAACAGAGUGAUUUGCUAAUUUAAGUAGACGCUCUGCAGCUGAAUGAGGCAAAAUCAAGGCAUAUCUUGACAGUCCAACAGGUAGGGCAGUGUGGUGUUGACAACAUUCCUUGAUCCAGGCCAGUAUUACAGACCUUUCUGGGUCAUCAUAUGCUAACUCGCUCCUAAAAGUGAACAUAAAGGAUUAAAGGAAAUUCUAGAAGGAAGCUAGUCCUGUUUUCACUGUGACCCAAUGCAGAAGAGGAACUUCACUAUUAAACUGCAUCUGUUGCUGCCA